CAGACAGACGGGAGAGAGAGAGAGCAGUAAUGGCGGCCGGUUAGCUCCACACAAAAAUACCGUCCGCAUCCAGCCGCAUUCAGCCGCACUCAGCGCAGCGCUCCGGGGGCAGCCGGCCUCACGCACCGCGGCGGAGCCAGUGACACGGCCACGGAGCGGAGACACGGGCUUCGGGGCCGGGAAUCGUCCGGCGGACCGUUGGAUCCGGAGACUUUCCUUCUACUUUUCUAAAAAAAAAAAAAAAAAAAAGAAAAAAAAAAAACAUGGACGAGCUCCCCGGCGGAGGAGGAGGAGCAGCGGGCUCGCCGAGACAGCAGCAGCCUCCGCCGCAGCAGCAGCACCAGCCGGGGAGCAGUACGCCGAUCGGAGCCGGCGGAGGAGGAGGAGGAGUCAUGGUGCCGCACCAGCCCGACGAGCUGCCCCGGCCGCAGCAGCAGUACACCAUCCCCGGCAUCCUACACUACAUCCAGCACGAGUGGGCCCGCUUCGAGAUGGAGAGGGCGCACUGGGAGGUGGAGAGGGCCGAGCUCCAGGCGAGGAUAGCGUUCCUGCAGGGCGAGAGGAAAGGUCAGGAGAACCUGAAGAACGACCUGGUUAGAAGAAUAAAAAUGUUAGAAUACGCACUAAAGCAGGAAAGAGCAAAAUAUCACAAAUUAAAAUAUGGAACAGAGUUAAACCAAGGAGAGAUGAAGAUGCCAAGCUUUGAAUCAGACACCAAAGACUCAGAGGUCUCUGCUGUUCCUGCCAACAGUCAGCUCACCUGGAAACAAGGACGGCAGCUACUCAGACAGUACCUGCAGGAGGUGGGAUACACCGACACCAUCCUAGACGUUCGUACUCAGAGGGUCCGUUCGCUGCUCGGCCUGUCGGGUUCUGAGCAGAACGGAUCCGUGGAGAACAAGAACCUGCAGCACCUGAUCAACGGGACGGAGCGCCACAAGGACAGCAAGAGGAGUCCAGGUGACGUUCUGGAGACGUUCAACUUCCUGGAGAACGCAGAGGACAGCGACGAAGACGAGGAUGAGGAGGGAGACCUGAUGGACGACAUCAGCACCGACAAACACCACAGAGCGAAGAAACACAAGACCAAGGUGGGAAACGAAGGUCUGGCCUCGGAGGACGACGCCGACACCGAGGAGGCUCUGAAGGAGUUCGACUUCCUGGUGACGGCCGAAGACGGAGAAGGAGCCGGAGAGGCCCGGAGCUCCGGAGACGGGACGGAGUGGGCGGAGCCUCUACCGUUUCCCACCGGCGGGGGUAAAUCCUUCCUGCUGGGGGGUUCAGAUGACGUGUUGGAGAGCGUCCUGGGUCUGGGCGACCUCGCCGACCUCACCGUCACCAACGACGAGGCCGACUACGGCUACGAUCUGCCGUCCAAUAAGGAGUCUUCGUUCAGGAAGACCUGGAACCCCAAGUACACGCUGCGCAGCCACUUCGACGGCGUCCGAGCGCUGGCCUUCCACCCGGUGGAGCCCUGCCUGGUCACCGUGUCCGAGGACCACACGCUCAAACUGUGGAACCUCACCAAGACCGUCCCUGCCAAAAAAAGUGCCUCUUUUGAUGUGGAGCCCGUCUACACUUUCAGAGCCCACGUUGGUCCGGUGUUGUCGUUGGCGAUGACCUCCAGCGGUGAGCAGUGCUUCAGCGGCGGCAUCGACUCGACCAUCCAGUGGUGGAACAUCCCGAGCUCCAACGUCGACCCCUAUGACACCUAUGAUCCCAGCGUGUUGGCGGGCUCAUGGACGGGUCAUACGGACGGCGUGUGGGGAUUGGCUUACAGCGGCAUCAAGAACCGCCUCCUGUCCUGCUCAGCCGACGGAACGGUGAAACUCUGGAACCCCACAGAGAAGAACCCCUGCAUCAGCACUUUCAACGCCAACAGAGAGCACGGCGUCCCCACGUCGGUGGACUUUAACGGCUGCGACCCCGCCCACAUGGUGGCGUCCUUCAGCAGCGGAGACGUGGUGAUUUAUGACCUGGAGACUUCCCAGAAUGCACUGGUGCUGAAGGGGCAGGGAGACGGCACGCUGCCGGGGUCCAAUCAUAUCAACAAGGUGGUGAGUCAUCCCACGCUGCCCGUCACCAUCAGCGCCCACGAAGACCGACACAUCAAGUUCUACGACAACAAGUCAGGUAAAGUGAUUCAUGCCAUGGUGGCUCACCUGGACGCAGUGACCAGUCUGGCUGUGGAUCCCAACGGCAUCUACCUGAUGUCUGGCAGUCACGACUGCUCGCUGCGUCUGUGGAACCUGGACAGUAAAACCUGCGUCCAGGAGAUCACGGCUCACCGCAAGAAGAGCGAGGAGGCCAUCUACGACGUGGCCUUCCACCCCUCCAAGGCCUACAUCGCCUCGGCCGGCGCCGACGCCCUCGCCAGGGUCUACGUCUAAUCCAGGAGCAGAAGAAGAAGGAGGAGGACCGCCGGGCGAGAGACUCAGACACACAGAGAGAGAGAGGUCGUCUGUUCAGGUGUGUUCAGGUGUCUGGACACGGAUCACAGAGUAAUAGCAGAGACUGGAGGUGACGGAUCUCCAUGGCGACUGAACACACACACACACACACACACACACACACACACACACACACACACACACACACACACACACACGGUUUAAGUUAAGAGCUGCGGCCGACUGAAGACACCCGCAGGUGAACAGCUCACCUGUACCGACACUACAGGCCCCGCCCCUACAGGCCCCGCCCCUACAGGCCCCGCCCCCACAGGCCCCGUUAACACUAGUGUGACCCAACAGCAGAGACGAGAGAAUUAAAGGAAAAAUCCGCCAAAAAACCCUGCGGCUUUGAGUCCUUCUGCUUAAAUAUCUCUGAUUUUAUCCAAACUUUUAUCUUAAACUCUGACGAUUUAAAACAGGAAGUUUUAGCUUCACCUCAAAUUCUUUCUGAGACGUUUUUUUCUUUUAAAAAUCCACAUUUGGGGGAUUUUUGUGACCAAGUAUUUCACAUUAAAAUAUUCUACAUGUUUAGUUUUGUUUUAUUGUGACUUAAACUAAACAUAAUUCUGUAUUAUUAAUUAAUAUUUAGUUAUUAUGAGCUCAAACCUGGAAUUUUUCAUUAUUUUUCUUUAUAUUGUCACUCAGCCGUAAUCAGAUGAUUUUAUUUUCUAUAUUCCAGAUUCAGAAUCAGUGACAUGAUGAGAAAUAAGAGAAAAAUUCAGGUUUUUAUCGUGUUCAAACAAAACCUAAAUAAAAAACAUUGUUAUCUCAGAAAGUAUUUGAUAUUUCAAGAUUAAAAUUUCAUAAAUACUAUUUUAAAUAUACAGAGUUCAUGAUAAAAUAAAAGUUUCAUGUAAAUCAGAGACAGUUUGAGCAGAACUUGAUGUGAACUUUUGAUGGUUUGAGCCUCCUGAAGGGUUUUUAAUUCAUUUGUAGAAUUUCUGAGCACAAAUUGUGGAUAAAUUUACACCUUUCUGACCAUAAAAAUACUGCAGACAGACUGUUUAUUGCAGCCAUGUAGCCCACAGCGCCACCUUCUGACCAGAACACACAGCCCAGUUUAUUCCAUAACGAGACUACUUUUAUUUUGAAAUUUACUUCAAAUUCGAUCUCCGGUUUCAUGAAAACAACAUAUUCAAGGUUUGAUUUAAUAGAUAAUAGAUAAAGUUCUUUAUUUCUCCCCACUCCAGGGGAAAUUUACAUUGUUACAGCAGCUUUAUUUACAAUAUAUACAAGGGUGAAAAAAUUUUUUAACAGAAAAAAUAAAAAUAAAGUUUAAAAGUGACUUUGAGACUUUUGACUCAAUAAAAACAGAAAAACAAACACCAGAUGCAGUAAAAAUUAAAUGUCAUCAGUAAUCAGAUACUAGCAUUGAGUUCAAUGAGAAAACAGACAUAAACACAACUAAGGAAGGUUUAAAUUUGUGUUUAAUGUGUUUCUGAAGACGUUUUCAUUUGCAGCAGAAGUCAGAACACUGAAAUAUUCAGUUAAUCGGUUUGUAGUUUGGCUCUAAAAUGUUAAAAAUGGUGAAAAGUGUCUUAAAUGUCUUGUUUUGUCCAAAGAUCUUCAGUUUACUGACGUAGAGGAGGAAAGAAACUGAAAAUAAUCACAUUUUGAGAAACUGAAAUCACAAAUUUAGACUAUUUUUAAUAAAAAAAAAAUUGCUCAAAAUGAUUAAUUUAUUAUCAAAAUAGUCAAUAAUUGUCGGUUAAUUGAUUAAUUCUUGCUGCUCUGAGUUUCUAACUGGUAGAUAAAUUAAAGACGACAUUAUAUUUGGUUUUAACCCACUGAUGGACAUUUUAACCAUCAUGGGACAUUUUGGAGACAAAACAAUAAAAUAAAUCCAAAAAAUAAUCAGCUCAUUAAUCAACAAUGAAAAUUACUGUCAGUUUUUGCCCUAAAGAGGCUAAAAAUACAGAAUAAAUUGUAGUUUCUCUUGGAUUCAUGCUAAAAUCACCACAAAUAUAACCACAGAGAGAGUCUCACUGGACGAAUCGAUCAACUGUUUGGUUCUAAAAUGUCUGUUUUAGUCCAAAGAUCCUCAGUUUCCUGUCAUCAACCAGAAAAUAUUAACAUUUAAGAAGCUGAAGUCACUGAAUUCAGAUCGUUUGUCCUUUAAGAAUGAAGCUCUAGUUGGUUACCAUGGACAUUUUAGAGACGAAACACCAAAAUAAAUUAAAGAAAUUAUCAGCUGAUUAUCAGUUUUUGCCCUAAAGAGGCUAAAAUACAGAUUAAAUUCAUGCUAAAAUCAACACAAUUAUAACCACAGAGAGAGGCGCACUGGACGAAUCGAAUGGCUUAUUUUUUUUCCUAAAAUGAUGGAAAAUGUCGUGUUUACUGUCAUAAACCAGAAAAUAUUCACAUUUAUGAAGCUAAAAUCACUGAAUCUGUUAUUUUCUUUCAAAUUGAACUGUUUUGAUGAUCCAGUUCGAGGUUAGUUCACCAGACUUCCACUGCCAGUUCACUCAUAAAGUCUGAGUUUCUCCAGUUUCUUGCUGGAAAAUGUUCCUGAAAUCACAAUAAGCUGGUUUUAAAUUCAGUAAAACGUCGAAGCUGAGAGGAAGUUCAGCUAAAAGGAAAACAAACUGAGCAGAACAUGAGCGGGAUUUUUCCUUUAAGCCUCAGAAACAGAACAUCUGACGUUUGAACUGUUUUUCUGUUUUUAAUAAUUAAAAUCUUGGUCAGAUUUUAACUUUUGUACCAUUUUUAUGGUUAAAUCCGGACGAGCAGGAACGCUAAAUGCUGCUGGUUUUCUUUCCCAAUGCGACGGUUUGAAACUCAGAUUUCCUGUUUGUGUCUCUCUGAGAGCAGCUGAUUGGCUCGUGCUCCCUGACCUCAGCCCCUGGUGGGCCAAUCAGAGCCCAGCGACGGAGGGUCAGACGUUACUGUAGUAUUUUCUGUUUGUGUAAAAUAAAUCUAGUUUUUAUAAUCCUUUUUUAUAAAUGUUCGGCACCGAGGACGACUCUGGCUCCUCCCACCGUCCAGUCCGUCACCCCCGUGGCCCCGCCCAUCUACUUCCUGUUUCCCAUCGCAUGGUGACUCACAGAAACUGCCUCCGUCUGAUAGGUCGACAGUGUUUGAGGAGGAAGAGGAGGAAGAUGAGCUGUGAUUUAAAUAAAUAUCAAACUAAAUCUAAUAAUUCAUCAACUUUCAAACAGGAAGACCAUGUAGCAGCAGGAGGAAAGAAAACGCUUUUAUAGAAAUAUUUUCUCCAUCCAGAAAUCUGUUUUACCCUUUAUAAACUUGUGUUAGCUGUGGCUAGCUGCUAAAAGCUAAAAUAGCACAUAUUAUAGCAUGAAGCAGCAGCUAGUAGCUUAGCUAACGUGAAACCAACGGAGAAUCUAAAAACAGCAAGAAGUCUGUUGGUUUAAAUAAAAAAAACACUAGCAUUAGUUCAAAAACAUUUUCAUAAUAAAGCUAAUGUUGGUUUAACGCAGUGCUAGCAUAAACCAAAAGCUAUCAGACAUAAAAACAUUCAUGCUUGUCAUGAAAAACUCUUAUUUUUCUAACAUUAAUUCUUACCAUUUGCAGAAACAAAACUCAACUUUGAUGUGAAAAAAAAAAUGUGUGGAAAAACCCUAAUGUUAGCAUAAAACAAUAUCUUACGUUAGCAAAUUACCUUAAAAAUGCUAAUAUUCCCAUAAAACACAUUGAAAGUUUAUCGUUUUGCCGUAAAUACAAACAUAAAAUUCACAAAAAUUUUGCUUUUACCAAACUUUAAUGUGAAAAUAAGUGUGUAAAAAGCCCUAAUGUUAGCAAAUCAGCUAAAAGAUGCUAAUUUUGCCAUAAAACAAAGAGAAAGUUUAUCAUUUUAGUGUAAAUACGAACAUAAAUUUUUUUAAAAAUUAGCUUAAACCAAUGUCCAAAUAACUCUUUAACAUAAAACAUCUAACAGUGGAAUGAAAAACUGUUUUAUCAUAAAAACAAUCAGGUUAGCGUCAAGAAAAUAUAGCCGACUGUAUGCUUUUUUAGAAAACAAUGGCACUAUUGAAGUUCAUUAAAUUAAUACAGACUUUGUUUUAAAUGAACCAUAAGUUUGAAGGCAUCAGUGCAGCUCUAAGGAGUUUGGCAAGUCUUUUCUAAAUAUUGUAACGUAAAAUCCCCCAAAGCUGCCAAAAUCUAAAAAUAAAGAUAAAAUACGACAGAAUUGAAAAUGUAAGAGUGAUGCCUCUUUCCUCACAAGCAAUCUUUGACAUUUCUCUUCAAAAAUAGUUUUUUUUCCCAUUAAAGAAAUCUGCAUAUUUGGUCAAAUAACAAGAAUAAUUUAAUAUUUAGUAAUAAAUAAUGAGAAAAUGUUAUAAAAACAUUAAGAAUCUGAGUAAAUAUUAUUGUUUAAAAUCAUUGGACGGAUGAACGAAAACCAUAAAACAGAUAAAAUAAAGUAAAAACAAUAAAAUAAAUGAAACAACAGCAGAAACACGAUAAACCAGUUGAGUUUUACGGCAUUUCCCAGUAAUAAACCAGUGAGUUUCCAGUUUUCCAGCUGGUUAUUGGUCCCUGAACGCAGCAGAGACUCCUCUUCCUCCUCUUCAUCUUCAUCGAUGUUCGUCUUCGUCGCAGCAGAUUUAACUUAUUUAUCAGGAAGUGAAACGGUCCAAUCAGAGGCCUCCUGGAGGAGUCGGUCUGAAAGCUGCCGUCUGAUUGGCUGCUCCCUUGUCAUGGCAGCAGUUCGUUCUGAUCACGUUUUCUUUCACAAACAAACGGUUUAUUUGUUUUCUCUCCACCGACGCUGCGACUUCCUGUGUAACUUCCUGUUUGUGUACUGCAUGAUUAAUACAAUAAAAGUAUUUUUUCUAGUCUUCCAGAAAAAUGGGAAAAAAAAGUUCUGAUCAGUUUGCGAGUUUUGAUGAGUUUUGUAAGUUUUUUUUUUUUUUGAUUUCCAAACUAUGAACAGCAGAUUUUAAAGACUGUACCACAUAGCAGAAUACAGCUGUUGAAAUGUAUAUAAAAUGUCUAUAAUAACUAUUAAAUGGUGUAACUGUA